CACAGCCUUGCAGAGUCUCCGGAAGUGGAGGCGUGAGCGACGGGGCAGCGCCUGCUUGGGGUAGCGGGACUGCAGAAGCUGGGCGCCACUGCCGGGCCGGUCAUGAACGGGCCGGCGGACGGUGAAGUGGACUACAAAAAGAAAUACCGGAAUCUGAAACGGAAGCUCAAGUUCCUCAUCUACGAGCACGAGUGCUUCCAGGAGGAGCUGAGGAAAGCGCAAAGGAAAUUACUGAAGGUGUCCCGGGACAAGAGUUUCCUCCUAGACCGACUUCUGCAGUACGAGAAUGUGGAUGAAGACUCUUCAGACUCAGAUGCCACUGCAUCAUCAGAUAACAGCGAGACCGAGGGGACACCCAAGUUGUCUGACACACCGGCCCCUAAGAGGAAGAGAAGCCCUCCGCUGGGGGGGGCCCCCUCUCCCUCCAGCCUCUCCCUGCCUCCUUCAACAGGGUUUCCCCUUCAGGCCUCCGGGGUUCCCUCCCCAUACCUGAGCUCGCUGGCCUCCCCCCGCUACCCCCCAUUCCCUUCUGACUACCUGGCCCUGCAGCUGCCCGAGCCCAGCCCCCUGAGGCCCAAGCGGGAGAAACGGCCCCGCCUGCCCCGGAAACUCAAGAGCGCGCGCUCUGGCUGCAGUGCGGAGGAGCUGGAUCUGGGAGAGGCUGCAGGCAGGGAGUCCAGUUAGGAGGCUGGGACCGCAGCCCAGAUGGCGGUGGGGCCCCCUGACUGCCCUGUGGGAGGACCGCUGACUUUCCCUGGCCGGGGUUCUGGGGCUGGGGUCGGGACAGCCCUGACCCCCCUCCCACCCCCCAAGAUGCCCCCCCCCACGAUCUUGAGCACGGUCCCUCGGCAGAUGUUCAGCGACGCAGGUAGCGGGGACGAUGCCCUGGAUGGGGACGAUGACCUGGUGAUCGACAUCCCGGAGUGACCUCGACAUCAUGCCAUGCCCACCACAGCCCUGCCCGGCGCCCUCCCCGUGCCAGCACACACGAGCCCAGCUUCCUCGGAGGUGUUUAUUGACGCCCAGCUGCCAUGCUCCGGCCACUGACACAACCAGAAAAGGCGUAAACAUGCACGGGUGUCCCCCAGGAGGGUGGCAAGGGCCCUGCCUUCAAACUCUGGCCCCCUCCAGGGGACAGUUAUUUAAACGAGUGGCCAGGAGCAUCUGCCCCCUUCUGGGGAGGCAGAGACCCUGCGAUGGCCACCCCUUUAAAAGGGCAGCUGUACAGGGCUAGGUUUUUGCAAUGAAGUUUCUGUAUUAAAGGAGUGGCUCUGG